AUGCACGACUGCCUUAUUGAAGUGACCCGUCUCGAAGACGGCGAGUCAGCUGUCUUCUGGCUUGGAAACUACAUUGAUAGUAAAACCCACAUUAUUCCGGACGGAACAUUUGACUCAUACAUGCUGGAUUACGACAAAUUUGAAAAAGAUCUGUAUGAGCACCUCGGCUACGAUUCCCUCGAAGAUGAGAUCCGUUGGGACCACAGGUCCCCUUCCUAG